AUGCCAGACAGCCUCACACCCUCAUCCUCGUCCCAGUCAAUUGCCCGCUCCCCGUCGUCGCCGUCGCUCGCACACGCGGUCGGCCUUCCCGCUCCACUUCCCGACUCUGGCAUUCUUCCACCCAGCAGUCCACCCAAGUUCUCCACCCGCUUCCCGAGCGGCCACUUUCUGCCGCACGUCGGCGAGGUCGAUUCGCUCUCUUCCAGCACAUCCAGUACCUUCACCAUGGCCGAACUACCCUCCACGCCGCGGCGCAAGAUUGUCAAUGCGCUCGAGGUACCUACACCACGGUCGGCCAAGAAGAAGCGCUCCACGUUGCAGGAUCGCCUCGGGAGCGGGACCACGAAGAUCCCCCGCCCAUCGUCGGCCGUAUCCUAUGUUUCAACCACAGGCAGCACACCCCUCUCUAUUCCCUCGACACCCGGACCUAGUCGUCAGCUCUCCAAGAGCAGCGACAAGGUGGUCGUAUGUAUGCGCAUUAAGCCUACCACAUCUGCUUUUGCGCCGCACGCAUAUGAGGUCACGCCACACUCCCUCACCCUCUCGAACACCCACCCUAAUGUCAUGCGCCGUGGUGGCAAGGCAGGUCGCGAGUCCGAGUACACGUACAACUUUGACACCCUCGUUCAAUAUCCCACGCGCACACCAGAGCUGUACAAUGACAAGAUCGCCCCACUCGUACAGCAGGCCAUGAACGGCUUCAACAGCACCGUGUUCGCCUAUGGUCAGACGGGGAGUGGUAAAUCACACACGAUGUCGGGUACACACAGCGAGCUCGGAAUCAUUCCGUGUGCGGUUGACGGCAUCUUUGAUGCAAUUACGGCCGACCCAGAACGCGCGUUUCUUCUUCGCGUCUCGUAUCUUGAAAUCUACAAAGAGGGCAUCCGCGACCUGCUCUGCCCUGGCAAGCGAGGCGAUGAGGCGAAAGUGCCUACAAUCAAGACAGCGAAAGGCAAGGACGGGCAUGGCAAGGUGUUUGUUGAUCCGCUCGAGGAGACGAUCGUGUCAACGCCACAGGACGUUGUCGAGAUCCUGUCCCAAGGAAACAGCAACCGCAAGACAGGUGCUACCGACUGGAACGAUAGGUCAUCGCGCUCCCACGCCGUGUUCACCGUCACUAUCGAGUCUCGACCACGGGACAGCGACGGCCACGACGAGGUUCGCGUCUCUCGCCUCACGCUCAUCGACCUCGCUGGAUCAGAGAAGGCAGUCUCCAACGUUGAGCGUCGUGGAGAGGGCAAGUACAUCAACCAGAGUCUGCUCGCCCUCCGUGAGGUCGUGCACAAGCUGACUGACAAGGGGAAGUCUGGCCACAUCCCUUACCGCAACUCGAAACUCACGCACCUCCUCGAGAAUGUCCUGGGUGGCGACUCGAACAUCUGCGUCAUUUGCACCAUGUCGUCCGAGGAGGAGCACUGCGCCGAGACGCUCGAGACCCUCAAGUUUGCCAGUCGCUGUUCCCAGGUCGAGACCAAGGCCCAGAAGAAUAUUCUCCACGGCUCCGACCUCGCUGUUAUCCGCGCCAAGGACCUCGAGAUUGCCGAGCUCAAGGCCCAGCUCGAAAGCUUGGCGAGCAACGCUCGGUCACAGACGCAGGAUACCAUUCCUAACGAACAGAUCUCGGGCCUGGCCGACGAACUCGCGGCCAUGGAGGCUCGCAAGACCAAGCUGGCCGAGCAACUUUCCAAGCUCAACAGCGAGAUCCUCACGUCCGAACUGCCCCGUUCUGGUGCUGGGUUACCGAUGGAGCAGCCCCGCAAGCGACGUCCCCGUAUCAGCGACUUCACCUCCCUGACAUCUGCCUCGAGAGGCAUAGACAUAGGCCUCGGCAUGCCUGGCACACCCAAGAAGCUGGUCGACCGCCGCGCUGUCAGCACAAUGGUCCCUGUUGCCAACAAUUUAUACGACGACGAUUUUGACACGAGUUUUGUCGACAAUGCCAUUGAGACCUUAGACCCCAGCAAGGCCUUCGACCACGACAUCACCAUUGCGUCUCUGCGUCGGACUAUUGCGUCUCGGGACGGCGACAUAGUCAAGCAGGCCGAGGAGCUCAAGGCUGCACUCGCUGAGGCAGGCGAUCUCAGCAAGAUCAGAGAAGAGCUUGCUGCAACCAGGGCAGAGCUCGACGAGGCGACAUUUCAACACGCCAACAAGCUGGCCGAAACGCAGGAGACGUUUGAAGCUACUCAAGCGGCUCUUGAGAAGACUGUCACCGAAAAGACGUCCCGCGUCGACGAGCUUGAGGCGAACAUUGCCGAGCUUGGUCGGCUGCACGAAAAGUCUUCGGCCGAGGUUCAAGAGCAGCUCGCCAAAGCCCAGGCGGACCUUAAGGCGGCCACCGAGGAGCGCGACGAGCACGUCAAGGAGGCCGAGGAGCUCAAGACUACACACGCUGACGAGAUCACAAAGAUCAAAGACUCGAUCAGAGCAUUGAGAACCAAGGCCGACGAGAACGCUGCAAAGGUCGUCGAACUCGAGGGUGUGCGCGCUGAGCUCCGGGCGUCACUCAAGGCGGUUGAGACCGAACGCGACUCUGCGCGCUCGGACCACGCCACGAUAGUACGCGAGGCGGAGCAGGCCAAGACCGACCUCGAGGCGUUCCAGACUGCAUCUGCUGGCCGGGAGAGUGAUGCCUUGGCUUCGUUCAAGACCGAACUUGACGGCGAGCGUGAAGCUCGUACCAAGGCCGAGGCGACGCUCGAGGACGCUACCGCCCGCGCGACAGAGGCUGCGGAGGAGAAGACCCGUCUCGAGAAGGAACUUGGCGACGCGAGUGAAAAGCUCGCAGCCGCGGAGGCUACCAACACUGAGGCUGAGACGCGCAUUGCGGAGGCAGAUGCUACCGCUAAGAAGGAAGCCCAGGAGGCAUCUGAAGCCGCUCGAGUGCGGCAUGAUGAGCUCAGUGCCAAGAUUGCUGCGCUCAUUGAGGAGAGGGAAGGCCAUCUCAAGACAGGUGAUGAGCUCAUCAUGCAGCUCGGCACCGUCAAGGCCCAGCUCGAGGAGAAGAACGCUGCACACGACAAUAUCGCCACAGAGAUCGCUGAGGUCAAAGCCGAGCUCGAAAAGAAGGCAAAGUCCCACCAGGAGGCGUCUCGUGGGCUCGACAACUCGAAGGCGCAGCUCGAGGCCAAGGCCAAGGAGCUCGAGGCAGCAUUCGCGGAGCGUGACGAGGCCAAGGCUGCCCUGGAGAAGGCGACGGCGGCGCACGACGAUGCCGCGCGCGACCUCAACACACACCUCGAGGCCGCCUCGCGCAAGCGCGACGAGAUCAAGGCGUCGCUGGACGCCAAGGCCCUAUCGCACGACGAGGUCUCCACAAACCUUGCCGCCCUCAAGACUGAGCUCGAGGAGAAGACCAAGGCUCUCGACGAUGCAGUGAAUCAGCGCGACGACAUCAAGACGCAGCUGGAGGCUGCGACGGCACUCCAUGUCGAAACGGCCAAGGAGCUCGCCGACUUCAAGGUCCAGCUUGAGGAAAAAGCCAAGGUCCACGCUGAGACGGAGAGCGAGCUUGAUACUGCCAAGACUGAACUGGCUGGCAAGAUAACCGCCCUCGGCGAGACGAUGGCCGAGUCCGCGAAGCUUGCGCAGACUCUCGAGGACAAGUCCAAGACCUACGCCGACAUGCAGGCCAAGCUCGAAACCACCAAGACUGAGCUCGCAGACAAGGUCACCGCACUCGCCGAGGCCACGGCCGAGUCGAAGAGGCUGGCUCAGGAGCUCGAGGAGAAGUCCAACGCCCACACCGAGGUGCAGGCUGAGCUCGAGACCACCAAGACGGAACUCGCGGGCAAAGUCACCUCCCUCGAUGAGGCGGCGGAGACGACCAAGGCGCUGGAGGAGCAAUUGGCUGACAAGUCCAAGGCUCAUGCCGAGGUCGAAGGCCAGCUCAGUACCACCAAGGUUGAGCUUGAGGAGAAGGCUGCCUCCCUCACGACCGCAACGACUGAAAUCGAUUCGCUACGCGCUGGCGCCGAUGUGGCUGCCUCGAUCCGAACUGAGCUCGACGAGCACCGUCAGCUCCUUGUGAAGGAGAAGACUGAGCGAACCAAGCUCGCCGAGGAGCACGCCGCCGCGACUGCCCGCGGCGAUUCCCUUGCAAAGGAAGUUGAGAAUACCAUGGCCUCCCUUUCAACGGAAAAGGAGGCGCACGAGGCGACCUCCACCAAGCUCAAGACAACCAAAGAACGCAUCGCCACGCUCGAGGCCGAACUCGCAGCGGCGAAGACGGAGCGUGAGAAGCUGUCCACCCAGCUCGCCGACUCUGCCAAGGCGCGUGAGGCCCUCUCGAAACAGCUGACUUCCUCAACCUCCAACAGCACCGAUCUGCAGGCCAAGCUCGAUGCCGCCCAGACAGAUCUUGUGGGAGUCCGUGGUGAACUCGCCGUUGCAAAGGCUUCCACUCGCUCCAGCGAGGGCGAAUACCGCGCCGAACGCGACAAGCUUGUCGCAGAGGCUGAGGUGCACAAGCGCGCAGCGGCUGCCGCUGAGAUACGUCUGGCCUCCUUUACGGCCGACAGCACCCUGAAGCACAGCGAACUGCACGAGGAGCUCGCCCAGGCCCGAUCCAGUGCUGAGGACGCAAAGGUGCAGCUUGCGGACCACAGAAAGGCUGCCGGUGCACUCAAGGAACAAAUCCAGGCUGCGGAGAAGGCGCGCGACAAGGCGGUCGAGGUGCUCAAGGCCGACCUCGUUUCGGCCAAGGAGGCUCGCAAGGCCGCCGAAGCAAAGACGAAGAAGUCAACCGCUGCCCUGGCCAGCGCUGAGCAACGACUCUCGGACGCCACGGCUGAGAUGGCGAAGAUCAAGGCUGCGCACGCCGGAGACCAGCGCAGCGACAGCAGCUUAGAGAAGGAGCUCACUCUCGCGAAGACCGAGUACGAUGCCAUGAAGGCGCGCUGCGACCGGUUAGCCUCCGAGCUUGUUCGUGCCACAACAAGCUCUCCCAGCAAGCGGCCCAUGCCGCCCGGCUUGCUCUCGUCUGGGUCGGUGCCGAACCGCCUCUCGGCCGCCGGGUCGGCAGCUCUCCGCGGCUGUGGCGUUCACCCUAACAUGGAGGGGUGGGAGUCGUCCCCUGCGGUCGUCGAGCUGAGCCGCCUCGACAAGGUCGUCGAGGCGCAGAAGGCCGUCAUCGAGGAGCAGCGCGACAAGAUUUCCUUCUGGGCCGAUGAGCUUGACAAGCAGCGUGAAGCCGUGCGCCUCCUCACGUCGGACCUUGAGAGCUGCACUUGCCAACAAUAUCACGCCGAACCGAAGCGCACUCCUGAGGGCGGAAAGAGGGGUCACAUGCGGGCCUCGCUCUCGUUGUCGAGCGUCCCCUCAAGCCCGAGCAAGGAGAACCUUUCGCCUGCACCGGCCGGGUACGCGUCAUCGUGGAGCCGGGGCCGCAUCACGCCGAGUUUCCCCGCGCUCAACCUCAACAUGCCCAGCACGUACUCUGGCAUGCCUGGGUCGCCGACGCCGCUGCCAAUGCACCCGUCACAGAUCAGCAACUCGCGCAAGCACCGGCGUGUGACGCUCGAGAACGACAUAAACCGGCUGCAGGGGGGCGGGCGAGUGAGCGCGGCCAAGAGUGUAUUUGAUUGCGACAGUCAGCGGGUGGGGUCGAGACACACUGCUGUGCGCCGAGGUUAG